CUACCCGGUAACCCAGGGUGCUGGGCUGCCGCUAGCGGGGGCUGCGCUAACCUUCCAACAACAUCCAGAUGCUCGACCACCGUUAUCAAUUGCGAUCCUUUCAUUCCGCCGACGGAGUAUUAUCUUAGCACUCUAGGAGUGAAGCGCUCUGCGUAUCACAGCCCGUGGAGACGUUUCCAUGUGCGCCGAUCUUUUCCCAACCACUACCCAGCUUAUUGCAAUCGGAAAAAAACUUUUCAAAGGCGUGCCAUAUUGCAUCAUUCCUUUGGGCCGUUAGUCGUCUGGGUACGCAAUAGUGAGGACGUUUUUCCACAACAGUCGACUUUGAAACUCAAUCCUGGGUUGUCAAGCCCAAUUGGAAGCAGCGGGACACCAGUUCCAGCUCGAGAUUACACAUGCAUUGCGGGGGAGGAGGGGGAGGGGGAUGGGAAGACGGUGGGGUGCGUUCACAGUUGGAAUACGGGAGGGGAUACGUCAGAAACCGACAAUUUCGUCAAGGGAGAAGGCCUUCCUCUCCUUGAACAUGCUGUGGCAGCAGUGAAGGAUAGGGCAACUCUUUGAAUAUAUAAGAGAGUAAGCUUUCUCACCUUCUGCGUUAUACAUCACAACAUAUUCUUGAACAUCACAUUCAUACUCACGCCUUCACUGAAACUUUUGUCAAAUUGUUUGACCUCCCCGAAACCCAUCAUGAAUACCGACUUUGCCGACAUUUCCGAAGACCGCCGCAACGCUACGGCAUCCGACGCUGAACCUACCUCACUCAAUACUUUGAGUGAGAACAUGCUCAGCAGAUUCGACACUCUUUUACGAAAGAUUGAUCAGCUCGAGCAGCAGUCGCGAGACAACAGCAACGCGAUUCUUAGUGUUGAUCGCAGGGUCCAGCAAGUGGCUGGACCCAUUGUAGCAUCCCCGGGUGCCCCACGUUCCUCCGACCGGAUCCACAGACCCAAUCCUCAGGGUCCGUCCCAGAUACCCAUCAUAACGGUAGAGCUUAGGGACGGAGAGUUGCCGUAUUUCUUUUCACCGGACUACCAAGGACACUCAUCAGUCCUCCGCGAGAGCCAGAGACAAAAUUUCGAAGACGUGUCCCUUGGAAAAUUCAAGAAUGCUGGGUUUCCGCUUAGCUGUGUGGAACUCGUGGAUCUCGACCUAACCUGCUGCUGA